GUGAACUCACAACACUCUGGAACGACAUCUUAUAAACAGUCUACGCAUCUACGUAGCAGCGGGGUAUUUCACGUCGUGUAUGCAUCAGUCGGGUCUUGCGGGUCUGUCAGGCCUGUGCCGAGUCACCGACCAUCUCUACCUCAGUAAUGGCAAAGCGGCGAAAGAUUCCUCCCAGGUGACGCAGUGCAAGAUAAGCUGCAUCGUGAACGUUACCGAGUCCAGGAGCCGCUGCCCUCUUCACCCCGGGGUGGAGUACGUUCACAUCCCGGUCUCUGACCACCCGGUGUCUCCUCUCAGCGAGCAUUUUGACGAGGUGGCGGAUAAAAUACAGCUCACCGCAGAGCGCGGUGGCCGCACAUUGGUGCACUGCAACGCCGGCGUGAGCCGCUCCUCCUCCCUGUGCAUGGCCUACCUGAUGAAGCACCGCGAUGUGCCUCUCCUGGAGGCCCACAGGUGGGUGAGGACCUGUCGACCCGUCGUGAGGCCGAAUAACGGCUUCUGGAAACAGCUCAUCCGCUAUGAGAUGGAGCUUCGUGGGUGCACUUCUGUCCGAAUGGUCUCCUCCUCCAUGGGAGAGCUACCUGACAUUUAUCAACAGGAGGCCACAAAUAUGAUGCCACUGUGAAGAAACCACUGCACUGCUUAGUGGGGAUUUUAUUAACAAUCAAACAAUGUAUGAGCAUAAAUAUACUGUAUUGUGUGUGGCAUGUAGAGUGAUAAACUGCUGUUUUGUCAUCUAAACAAACAUAAAGGCUUAAUGUAC